GACGCUGACGGCAUUUUCGACUUGGCGUUGAAAACGCUACAAGCGUUUAGAUGGGUGCGUUUAUUAGAAUUAUGUUCUCAACGUCGCCAACUAUCAAAGGACGGCACAUGCCCCUCAUGGGAGAAGGGAGAUAGCCAAUACCAAUAAAGAAUAAGAGAAGAAGAAGAAACCGUUACCUUCGUUGCUGUGUUGCACGUCUUUUUGUGAAGCAUAAUUACUGAUGGUAGACGAAAAGCGACCAUGACAGGUGAACGCAAGGGAACGUUUAAAGUUGAAUAUCUUCAACAAAUUGAGAAAGAGGUCCAAGCUAAAUGGGACAAGGCUAAAAUUUAUGAAGAAGAUGCUCCAGCCGAGCCGAGAACCAAACCGAGUGAAAAGUUUUUUGCAACUUUUCCAUAUCCAUACAUGAAUGGACGUUUACACUUGGGGCAUAUAUUUUCUUUAUCAAAAAGUGAAUUUGCAGUGCGCUACAAUCGUUUGUUGGGAAAGAAGGUCUUGUUUCCUCUUGGAUUUCAUUGUACAGGAAUGCCUAUUAAAGCCUGUGCAGACAAACUCAAGCGAGAAUUGGAAAAUUAUGGAUAUCCUCCAAAAUUUCCACAGGAAGAAGCAUCAAUUGAAAAAGUGGAUGAUGAUGUUGUCAUGAAGGACAAGAGCAAAGGAAAAAAAAGCAAGGCUGUAGCUAAAGCAGGUUCGGCAAAGUACCAAUGGCAAAUAAUGCAGAGUCUUGGUUUGGAAGAUGAGGAGAUCAAAAAAUUUGCAGAUGAAGCUUAUUGGCUCGAUUACUUUCCGCCACUGGCCAUUCAAGAUUUGAAAUCCACCGGUUUCCAUAUCGAUUGGCGGCGAACUUUCAUUACGACGGACGCGAAUCCGUUUUACGAUUCUUUCGUACGGUGGCAAUUUCUGCAUUUGAAAGCUAGAAAUAAGAUUAAAUAUGGAAAACGGCACACGAUCUAUUCACCAAAAGAUGGUCAACCUUGUAUGGAUCACGAUCGUGCUUCCGGUGAGGGUGUAGGUCCUCAAGAAUAUACACUUGUGAAGAUAAAACUCUUGGAACCGUAUCCUGAUAAAUUGAAGAGUUUAAAAGACAAACCAGUUUUCUUAGUCGCUGCAACACUUCGACCAGAAACCCUGUACGGUCAAACAAAUUGUUGGAUUCAUCCAGAAAUUCGCUAUAUUGUUUAUGAAACUAGAAAUGGCGAUAUUUACGUGUCGACGAAAAGAGCUGCAAGAAACAUGUCUUAUCAAGGUUUCAUGAAUGUCGAAGGCGAAAUUCCAAUAAUCGCCGAGCUCGUGGGUCAAGAUAUUAUGGGUUUAGCGUUGAAAGCACCUUUGACUAGCUAUCAAGUAAUUUACACGUUACCGAUGUUGACUAUCAAAGAAGACAAGGGAACUGGAAUCGUGAUGUCUGUUCCUAGCGAUUCUCCAGACGAUUAUGCGGCUCUCGUUGAUCUCAAGAAGAAACAACCGUUCCGUGAGAAAUACGGUAUCAAGGACGAAAUGAUUUUGCCUUACGAACCUAUUCCAAUCCUAGAAAUUCCCGAGCUGGGAAAUUUAGCUGCUAAAACGGUAUACGACACGCUCAAAAUUCAAUCGCAAAACGACAAAGCCAAACUUCUAGAAGCGAAAGAAAUGGUCUAUCUGAAAGGUUUUUACAACGGUGUACUCUUAGUCGGCGAAUUCAAAGGCCAGAAAAUUCAAGAUAUCAAGAAACAAAUGCAAAAGAAAAUAGUCGAUAGUAAAGAUGCAGUUAUUUAUUACGAACCGGAAAAGACUAUAAUCUCGAGGUCAAAUGACGAGUGCGUCGUCGCUCUUUGUAAUCAGUGGUACCUCGAUUACGGCGAGCCAAACUGGCGGAAAGAGGCUGACAAAGCUCUAGCGAGCCUUGAAACUUUCCACGACGAAGUUCGAAAAAAUUUCGAAACUUGCCUGGACUGGCUCCACGAAUACGCGUGCUCCAGAACUUAUGGUCUUGGAACAAAGCUUCCGUGGGACGAACAGUGGCUCAUAGAAUCGCUAUCAGACUCGACGAUAUAUAUGGCGUAUUAUACUAUCGCUCAUUUGAUCCAAGGUGGCACUUUCAAGGGAGAUAAACCAAAUGCCCUCGGCAUAAAGGCUGAACAAAUGACACCGGAAGUCUGGGACUAUGUAUUUUUCAAAAACAGCCCCUACCCAAAAACGACAAUACGGAAAGAAGCGUUGGAACUUAUGCGUCGUGAAUUCCAUUAUUGGUAUCCCGUCGAUCUCAGAGUCUCUGGAAAGGAUCUUAUUCAAAAUCAUCUCACAUUUUUCAUCUACAAUCACACGGCAAUUUGGCCGAAACAGCCAGACAUGUGGCCAAAGGGUAUUCGUGCUAAUGGACACUUGCUUCUCAAUUCGGCAAAGAUGUCGAAAUCUGAAGGUAACUUCUUGACUCUCGUCGAAGCGGUACAAAAAUUUUCUGCCGAUGGAAUGCGUCUUUGUCUUGCUGAUGCUGGAGAUUCUGUUGAGGAUGCGAAUUUCGUUGAAUCUAUGGCUGAUGCUGGGAUUCUCCGCCUGUACACUUUCAUUGAAUGGGUUAACGAAGUUUUAGCGACUGAAAAUUCUUUCAGGGAAGGAGAACCGACAACUUUUAAUGACAAAGUAUUUCAGAGCGAGAUGAAUCUGAAAAUAAAGGAAACUGGUGAGAAUUUCGCAAAAAUGCUGUUCAAAGAAGCACUGAGAACAGGGUUUUUUGAGCUGCAAGCAGCCAGAGACAAAUAUUUGCAGCUCAGCGCCUUGGACAAGGCCAAUUGGAAUUUGAUAAUGCAAUAUAUCGAACUCCAAACGAUAUUGCUAGCACCAAUAUGUCCACACGUGGCGGAACGUGUCCGGGAAAUAAUAGGAAAAGGCAGUAUUUUAGAUGCUCGUUGGCCAACAGUUGGUCCGAUCGAUGAAACUCUCAUCAAGUCAUCUCAAUACCUCAUGGACGCUGCUCACUCGUUUAGAAUUCUUCUGAAAAAUUAUUGCACGCCGAGGAAAGCGGGAAAGGGAAAACCAGAAGAGAAAUCCGUGGAAAAACCGGAUUGUGGCACUAUUUGGGUCGCCAAAACUUUUCCACCGUGGCAAAGCGUCGUUUUGACGACUAUGAAAGAGCUUUACGACAAAAAUGUCAAUACUCUACCAGAAAACAAAGUCAUCGCGACGAAGUUGGGUGAAAAGAACGAAUUAAAAAAAUAUAUGAAGCGCGUCAUGCCUUUCGUUCAAGCAAUUAGGGAAAAAAUGGAAGUAUCUGGUCCAGCUGCUCUCAAGCUUACCCUGGAUUUCAACGAAAUGAAUGUUCUCAAUGGCAGUAUGGAGUACUUGAAAAGUACCCUCGACUUGUACCAGAUUAACAUAAAAUAUUCGGAUGAAGCACCCGAACGAACGAGAGAAGAGUGUUGUCCAGGGGAACCCUACAUAAGUUUUUCCGUCACACCUGGCAUUGCAAUUUCGGUAGUGAAUCCGCAAAAAUCCAGUGGAUUUUUCAGAACAUCCAUAAAAAUAAGUCACGGCGAAACAGUCGAAGCAAUCGCGUCAAAAAUCGCGAAGGAAGAUAAACACAUAAAAGAUCCAGCUUCGGUAAAGCUGUACCGAUACAUCGAUUCGAUUCUCGGAUCUCGAAAAAUCCCCACAGUUCUCGAUAUCAUGAAAGGGAAAUCAGAGAUUCCAUCGAACGGAAUCUUUCAUGUUAACUUGGAUACUAAAGUGAUCGAAAUUCAGAUAUCCAAUGAGGUAUAUGGCAUAGGAAAUGAAUUGGUAUAUACCGUGACAGAGAGAAUGUAAACUGGAAUGUACAAGUUAUGUAUUUCAGAAAUUUGAAACAAAAAAUGGAUAUUUCAAA